GGGCUAUCGUGGGGUCACGUCGGAUAUUAUUGGCAUACAUUGGGUGGUGACUACACUGAAACCACCACAGUACUGUACGCUCAAGAUUGAGAAUGGAAUGUACCGGUAAUCAAUGAUUUGAUUCCUCGUCAAAUUUGAUAUUUAUAAUCAGUACAUUCCAAAUUGAAUCAUGUUGGCUUUGCGAAUCUCAUCAAACUCGUGCAUCAGAAGAGUCUUGUUGAAUGUGGCCAUGAAAUCUACUGUAAUUCCAUGUGUCCAUGCAGCAAGUUUCAGUGGUGGACUUUCCAACAUUGGACACCAUCUUGGAAUGCUGGCAAGGGAAAUGGUGGAUAAAGCAAAGUGCCCCAAUUUGGAUAUUAUGGUGAAUUCUUCAAAGAAGUUGUGGGAUUUCAAUGACAAAGGAAAUUUGGAUAAAUUUGUGGUUGCUACUGAUAAAGAAAUGGGUGGAAAAAGUGAAGCUGAGUUUAUAAUGAGCAAAAAUAACAAAGCUCUCUUCUGUGGACACUUGACAACUGAGAUACCAAGAGAUGGGGUAACUGAAUAUAGUGGAUAUUGUACUUUGAAAUCAAAACAACUUUAUAAAUCAUUCAACAGAAAACUCCAGAUGGACCUAACACCAUAUAAUGUGGUAAAUAUGAGAGUUCGAGGUGAUGGAAGGUCAUACAUGGUAAAUUUGUUGACAGAGAGCUUUUUCAGUAACAAUAAAGAUGAUAUGUGGAAUUAUUUUCUGUUCACGCGAGGUGGACCAUAUUGGCAAGAACUCACAAUACCAUUUUCAAAGUUUUUCCUGACUCAUCGAGGGCGUAUACAAGACAGACAAGCAUCGGUAGAUUUAGAAAGGGUUAAUGCCAUUGGAUUGACCAUGGCUGAUGCUGUGGACGGAGAUUUUGCUUUGGAAAUUGACUAUAUUGGUGUGUCUUAUGAUUAUACGCACACAGAAGAAUUUGCAUAUGAAAUGUACGAGAGAAAUCCUCAACCAAAACGUAGAUGAUGUGAAACUUACUUUUGAGUGCAAAUAUUAAGUUGGUAAAUUUGAAAUUACGAUGUUAUCAAUAAUUUAGCAUUUGAAGAUGUAGAUAUUUGAAAGUUGCAUAAUAGAGACAAUUGCAGUGUAUUUUUACUAGUUGUAAUUUACAGUAUACAUAUAUGUGUAAAGAUUGUCAUUGCAGCAAACUAGUGUAUGGUACAUUUUUAUUUGUGGAGAACGUCACUUUUCUAAAGUAAUCUAUUACUCUGAUAAUUGGGAUUGUUUUUGAUGUAUCCAUUUCUAAUAAAUAUGCAAUUUUGUUAGCAAUUCAAACUA